AUGUCUCGAUUAGAAAUAUUUCCUGAUGAACUUUUUCUUAAUUUAUUUUCAUAUAUUCCUCCAACUGAUUUAUAUCAUAUAUGGCAUGGUCUUAAUCGUCGUUUUCGUGCAAUACUUCGUUCUGUUCGAAUAAGUUUUGAUUUAAAUGAAAAUACAGAUGAAAAUACUCGUGCAUUAAAUUAUUUUUCUAAACAAAUUGUUUUUAUUCAUUUACGUAUAUUAUACAAAUCAUUAGAUUUUAAACAAUAUCCUAAUUUAUGUUCAUUAAUUAUUGAUACAAAAUUAACUAAAAAACAACUUGAUUCAAUUCAACCAAUAAAUUUACCUUGUCUUAAACGUUUAACAUUUUCGAAAUGGUCAAAAGAUGAAGAAAUACUUAAUGAAAUUAUUUUUAAUAGAUAUUCUUCUAAUAAACAAAAUUUUUCCUCGUUAAAAGUUUAUCAUUUACCUUCCAUACCAAGUUAUUUUAUAUCAAAUACUUCUAAUCUAUCACAUAUUCAAACAAUGAUUUUUGAUCGAGUAACACCAUAUGAUAUUGAUUUAAUAUUAUCUUUACAACCAAUAUUACGUCGUCUUAAAGUUACUAUUGUACGAUGGGUGCCGGAUGAAACAAUACCACAAAUUUCUAUUAAUAAUAAAAAUUAUCAACAUAAACAUUUAAUUCAUUUACAUACAACAAUGAAUACAUGUAAUAAAUUAGAUGAUUUAUAUCCAUUAUUAUCACAUAUACCAUGUUUACGUUAUCUGUAUAUAGCUUGUGAUAGUUUAACAAUUAAUGAUUUUAAACAACUUGCUUUUGAAUUACUUACCCGUUUACCAUGUUUAGAACGUUUUAAUUGUUCAUUUAAACAAACAUAUAUUGAAAAUAUAGAGAAAUUACAUUGUAUGAGUCCAUUAUUUCGUCAUAUGAAAUGCAGAAAAGUAGAAUGGAGUGGUGGAUGGCAUUAUUAUUGUGUGACAACAAGAAAUGCAUAA